AUGGAUUAAGCAAAUAAUCCUUAAUAUUCAGAAUGUUUAAAAAAAUUUUAAGACUCUAAAAUUAAGUUUGAUUGUCUUAUAAAUUUGUUCCUUCCUGAAAAUAACUUAAAUAAUGAAUACUUACAAGAAUUAGGAAUAUCACAGAUUGACUAAUUAAUAAAAGGUCUAUGCCAAAUGGAAGAAUGCGAAGAGAGGUUAUUUAAACAACUUAAAGCAUCAAUCGAAUAAACAAAAUCAAUUGUAGAUGAAAUACUAAAAAAAAUUAAGACUCAAACUAAUAUCAAGUAAACCGAUAAUUAAGAAAUUCUACACUCCAAAAAAAAUGAAUAGAUUUAACAAAUACCAAAAAAAAUCAAUCGCAAAACCUAAUCUAAAUUCAUUCACCUUUGA